AACCCACACCAACCUGCCCCCCCUCGGAGCUGCGCCCUGAGCUGGGGGCAAAGCCCUCCCCAUACCCUAGGCUUAUAAGUCUGGGGGGUAUAUAUGGAGGCGCAAAAACGGAGAGAGGGAUUCAGAGAACGAGUGAUAGAGGAAGAGAGAAGAGAUGGCAGGACAGCAAACAAUGAUGAUAGUCUUGAUUGGCGUCUCACUCUGGGGCAUUUGUUCAGCAGCUCCAAUGGAAUGCCACUUCAACUCGCAAGCUCUGUGUAAGUACGAGGGGAGGCACUACUCUCUGGGAGAGACGUGGAUGGAGGGCUGUCUGCAGUGCACCUGUCUGCACCCUGUUGGGGUGGGAUGCUGCGAAACCGUUCACCGACCUGUGGACUUCCCGCCUUGGUGUGAGGUGCGUGUUGAAUCUCCAACCUGCAAGGUGACCCUGGUGCUGGCCUCUGACCCGCGGCUGCCCUGCAUUCCCGGAGAGGGGAACAGCGUGGACCCCAGCCACGGAGCCAUGAACAUGAAGCUAGCAGGGUAACAAGGCAGCAGAGCGGCUGAACCAUCACUACAACAAACUAAACAGAAUGUCUGGGUGUCUGAGCUGGUGUCCUGCCUCAACUCCAGUGUCUUUAAUAAUGCUGCAUUA